UUCGGGGCCACGUGAUGUGACGUUGGGCUGAGGUCAUUCCUCUCCAGUUCGCCAAGGUGGUCAGAAGCAAAAUCCCGAUUUUCUCCUAAAUUUUACACAGAAUUGCAGAUAUUCUGUUUCGGUCACAUAACUUCCCUUGGUCCAUGAUGCGAGAUGUCCUUGGUUGUACGCGAUAACAGCCAGUGGUCCAUGGUGGUAGGAUGUGCCAAGUUCCGUCCAGAAAUCCCUCGGUGAUCUCAAUGGGUGAUGGACAAGUCAUCAACAGUCUGACUAAGAAUGUUCAACACAGGGGACACAAGCCCAUGUGCCUGCAUGGUGAGUAAACGUUACAUGGAACAAUUCCAAUUGGCGGCUUCGCACAUCUUAUUGCCUGCAAACGUUAGAAAAUUGGUGCGAGGAUAGAAACCCCAUGAAAUGAUUAAUUCAAUUGCAAGGCAGACAUUGCUGUCCUGAAGGUCGUGACGGCACCUAGCCGAAAUUAUAGUAAAGUGGAGACCAAGCCUUUAUUAACUUUCAAAAUCGAUGCGCAAGACACCGAGUACUCGACACGAGUUGUUGCCCGGUUUUCGCAACCGCAUACCGGCGUAUUUUUGUUCUGCUGGAUCUGGUUCAAUUGUAAUGAUCUGCUCUUCACUGGAGUUAUGACUUCGAGUAGAAUUGAAGCGAAUUUGGUAGAACACAAUUAACGCCAAAUUGCUCUGAUUUGGUACGUUGUUAGGAAUAGUGAGACAUUUCGAAUGUCUCAAUAAUUAUGUCAUUUCGUUUCUACUCCUCAUAUGUAAUGAGUUUUUACUUUUUACUUGCAAAACUCGCACAUCCAUGGAAGCUGUGAUGAACUGGAUGCCAGGACAGAGCGCCGAACGCAAACCACACCAGAAGGGAUCGAACACCAUCGAGUCGUAACGUUUCAUGGCGAUUGGUUUGGCAAAGAAGGACGACGCGGACAAUGUACCAUACGAGGUGGGAUGUCAUACACAGGAUGCCAGGAUGUCAGGAUGCCAGGAUGUCAGGAUGCCAGGAUGCCAGGAUGUCAGGAUGCCAGGAUGUCAGGAUGCCAGGAUGCCAGGAUGUCAGGAUGCCAGGAUGCCAGGAUGCCAGGAUGCCAGGAUGCCAGGAUGCCAGGAUGUCAGGAUGCCAGGAUGCCAGGAUGCCAGGAUGCCAGGAUGCGGAUGGAGUCCAUCAGGGAAUCGGCUGAUACAGCGGGUAGAAUACUACACACGGAGGAAAGGCGUGGACACCACGUUCCAAUGACGUCAUCAAGUCACGUGAUCUGCAUACGAGGACGACGUAUCGGCAAAGGAGGGAACGUUUAUGGAACGUUUAUGGAAUCUUUUCUCGCCAAACAACCCGUGAGCAGUCUAAGGCAAGACCAAUUCUUUGUAAAACUGAAUGUCAAACACUUAUUUCAACAUUAGUGAGGUUUUGCAUGCUAACGAUUUACGAAUAUGUUUACGUUUACGUUUUGAAAAUUCUGAAAUCGGCAAAAGAUGAUCCUUCUUCAUGGAAGCUUAGAUUUGAAUCAGAGUCUUUACCUCUUAUGGUACCCUACUUAUGAAAUACCCUGAUUUUGACAGCCAACGCCAGCGCGUAGUGUCGGCCUUUGUAACGCCGAUACCCCUACCAUUGUUGCUCACUCAGUGAUGAAUGAAGCUGGUCGAACGCUCACUUCACAAACAAAUGUGCCUCGAAAACGUCAAACGUAAGCUUGCCAAACCUCACUAUUAUGAUAGCGUGUUCGUAAACAGAAAUACACUUGUACCCAAGUAGACUAAAUUCACCUUGACAGCUGCUCGUUUGAUUGAGCAAUCACAGUAAGUUUGCCGGACUUUACCUCCAUCAUUAGUUACUUUCUUCAAACGGAAUUCUAAGCCUUCCGGUCAGUAUCAGCCAAUCAGAAACCUUCUACUAUAUCACGGCCAUUGUCUGCGCCAAACAAGCUUGGUAGACGUCUUUUGAUUUACUGAUACUGACAGGAAGACCAAGAUUGCUGCUGGAAGGAAGUUAAGAAUAAUAAAGAUUUGUUUGGGCUAAAAUUUCGUUCCAAAGUGCAAAACAACCAUACCUUUACUUGUCGUCUUGUAAAGAUUUUUGACACAAUUGUCAGUGUUGUGUUGGAAGAAAGCAACUUUGAAAAAAAACAUAGAAUCCGGCAAAUUUUCUUGGUUACAGGUACUAUCCCCUCAUGAAAUUAUGAUGUCUUAAAGUAAUCCCUGUUAAAGCGAGAAAGAAAAUAAUUUAUUGUAAAAAAGUUUGUAAAAAGGUCUCGACUGGAUUCGAACCCAAAACCUCUGGAUCUUGAGUCCAACGCUCUAACCACUAGGCCAUGAAACCACCCACUGGAAAUGGUCGACAAUGAGCGAGUCACUGAAAACAUGAGCUCAGACAACUCGUUGAGUUAUGUCAAUGUCACCGCCAUCCAAUUGAAUAGACAGGUUCUGGGAACCUUUGUCCACUGUCACAAAGCCUUCGAUGGGGCUAUUGUGAGCCCUUAAUCUGUAUAUUCCAAUGAAUGAGCCAAUAUGGCCUACUGUGUUCAACAAUUUUCCUGCUGAACUGAAUUCACUGGGAGUUUUGUCGCAAGCUUUGUGAUAUACAUGUAUCAUUAUAAGUACAGGUUGUUAAUUAAAACAAUGCAUAGUUCUAAGGCCUGAUAGCCGUUGUUCAAAAUGACUUGGCCAACUGGUAUUUAAAUUGUACCCAUCAACAUAUAGAUAGCUGAGAAUUUGUUGCAGACUAACUUAAGUAUACUCCAUCCAGUAGUUAUCAUAAAACAACUAGCAUGAAAUGACCAUGUUUUAAUUAACACCCUGUUUACUUGACUGAACAUCUAACAUACACCUUCCACUUCAGUUUUAGUGGCAGUUGUAGGUUGAGUUGCUACGGUGAUUUCAAAACGCAUCCUCUUUCUAUAAAAACCUUGUCUGAGUCUCGACAUACACCUCUAGUCAUGGGUCAUGGACCACUCCAGCCCCCCCCCCCCCCAUCUAUUUUGAGAAUAAUAUUUAUUCUUCAUGCAGAUUUCUUCUGUUACACUAAAGAUUUAUGAUGACUUCAGCCCCCUCCCUAUUCAGCCUCCUGGCUUGUGAUGAAUCAUGAUAUACCACUAGUCCAGUGCCACUUGUCUUCUGAUUGGACAAUCCGACCGGAAGUGCUUAUGAAUCUUUACCAGUCAUUCACAGGCUCAGAGCCUCAUGCCUUUUGAAAUCACCGAAAAAUCGAGAAUUGUGUGUUUGUUGUAUCUUGAAUGUUUAGCAUUUUGAAAACACCACGCCUUUUUAUUGAGGGGCUGAUUGUUGGCCUAGAGUGCUCUUUGAACCCUUUGGUCCAACCUUGUCUGAAUAUGUUCAAAAUCGAAAUUAGCAAGGUUGUUUUGCUUACUUUCUUCAUUGUUAUAAAUAAGCAACCCAACUUCUGUUCAUCUUGUUCUAAGCGGUUGUAAUCUUGAUUUAGGCAUGGUGUUUUCAAUGUACGAGUUGUAUUGUAAGCUUACAGGGUGUCCCAAACAAGUUAGAUUACCGUUCGCAGAUUCACAUUUAUGAUUGUGAAUUUUGGAACAAUGAUUAUUUAAUGAGUCUAAAGUAAAGUUUGUUCAUGAUAGUGUCACCCCUAAUGAAAGGGCCAGCCAGCUUUUGGCUGAUGAGACACUCUUUACCUCCCAACUCCAAUCUCUAAUGCCAGGCGCCUGGAGAGAAGGCAGUUUGUACCCUAUAUUUAACUUGCUGGCCUUAAUAUAUGGCGGCUAACCAUUUAUCUUUAUUCUGAUCAUCAGAAUUUGUUUUUAAAUUCGAUUCACAAACGUUCACACACCAUCUUCAGAUCAGAAAUUGAAAACAUUUGUGACACCCUGUAUAUGUACAUUUAUGUUUAGAUGUAAGAUAUUCCCUUGUAAUAUAGUAGAAAUUAGUUUAACAGCAACAUCAUUAAACUGCUGCAGUACGAAGUUGUUUCUUAAGAAUAUCAAUUAAGAAAACAAACCCCCUAUAACUAAAACUAAAAGCAACACAUGUUCACCCAUUCUGAAUUCCAAAAACAAAAUUUAACUCUUCCCAAAAAGCUGAUUGCUUCAUUUCCAAUGAGCGAGGGCAAAGCAGAAUUGGACACUUCUGAUAUAUUGGGAUUCAUAAUUUAUCAUUUCUUUUAAAAAGCAUAAACAAUAACCUGCUCAGUGUUAAGCAUUUCGGCUAACUGUAUGUUGCUUUGAUUUCAAGUGUCAAUUUACCCUAAUCAGUAAUAAUAACGUCGCCAUUUUUGUUGGUGCGUCGUUAAAUAACCCUUUCCGCUACCCUGGCGGGCAUUUUGGUAGCUAAAGGUAGCACUGGAUCGAUUUCGGCGGCUGCUGUAUCUUUGGCUUCACAAGGUGAUCCCUCAUUAUCUGGCUUGUUUUUGGCGGCUGUUGUAGCUUUGGUACGAAUUGGUUGAGGAGAUAUCGUGACUCCCCAAUCUGCUCUGCGAUCCUUUAUGGCUAGGGUACGAACAAGGGAACGAUCGGUUGAUCCGAUAUCAAGGGGCAUACGUCGACUCUUCCGUAUCAUACCUCAAUGCUAUUCAGCCUCAUCUUGGGUCAGACGUUUAGGGAGAAUCAAUUUGGUGAUCCAAUUUCUGGUUGCGGCUAACUGGGUCUACUCUGGCGUCCGACUACAGACCAUUAGCGUACUCUUCCAUAUAAGGCUGCGGCUGGGAACGAACAUCGCCGUACUGGGUCCUCGCAUGAUAAGUGGGCAGUGACACCGCAUCCAGAUUUUGAUGAUGAGUUCUGAAAUAACUAAUUGGUACACCCCGAGAAUUGUCUGUGUUAUUACAGACACAUUGCAAUCGUUAGGGUAAAUUGAUCUAUGUCAUUAAAGCAACAUCAACAUUCGAAAUGUUUGAAAGGAAUUACCCGGGCAUUAAGAUAUCAUUAUCAAUCGCCCUUUUUUUAGACCAUACUACCAAUCCAGACAAAUGAAAUUAUAGAAAUCCGUCCCCUUCCAGACUGUUCCAAGAUAUUCUAAAGAAACAAUUUACUGACAGCAAUACUCUGUACAAUACAUUUAGAUUUAGGCCUUAAUUACUUGAUUCUAACUGUGUAAAAAUACUUUAAUAUCGCUUCUAUAAGACCAUCUAAUGAACUUUAACGAAGGAAUGAUUGCGGUUGCGGGAUAUCAUUUGACUUCCGCAGCUGUAGCGUAAACUGUGAGACUUUCACAAGCACUAAAGCUGUCUUAUCACUUUCUAAUUUCAACUUAGGUUAGGGUUGUGUUGAAAUUCACGAAAAUGGUCUUAUACUGGUGAUUUUACAGUAUUUCGCCUUCUUUGCGUGUACUGUGAAAAUAGUUGGUUGUUUUUUAAAUAAAACUUGUGU